CAGCUCGAAUGUUGGUUGCUGGUGGCAGAGAGCUCUGGCAACUCACAGAACCCAGAGGCAGAGGCAGAACAGGGGAUAAAAAUGAGCAUUGACAUGGAUGAAUUGCUUCAGAACCAGAACAAUAUCCUCAGCAAGCUCCAACGACCUUCCCAGAGACAGCUACGGCGGCGCGGUGGUUUGGCGAUGACGCUACAGCCGUUGUCGAGCUCCGGCGUCAACAUUGGUGAUGUCUCUCAGUACUGUCGCAUUCUGUUCGGUGACGGCCAAUCCUCCUUCCCAGCGACGGCGUUCGAGCUCCCUUCCUCAGCGGCGGCUGAAGCUUCAUCAACGGCGACAAACCCUAGUAGCAGCGGCGGCAGGAGUGACUUCAACAGCAGCACCCAGGCGCAGUGGCGACGCAGUAGAAUGGUGACAGAUCGGCGGUGCAACACAGAGGCUCUUGGUUCGCAUUCCACUCUGCGGGCUCCACAGAGCAGCGAUGAGGGCGACGGUGGCGGCGCAAGAAUAGCAGCGACGCGUGGCUCGACAGCGGCGGCGAAGAGCAUGGCGGUACCUCAUCCUCCACUCUGCAUCGGCGUCGACGGCGUGUUCCCGGAUGGCGGCAGUGACGGCGGACAGUCCCCCACCCCUCCCUUCUCUUCUCCGUUCCCUUACUCCCCCUCUCUAAUUUCCCGUUUCUGAAAUUGUUACACUGAAGGGGUGAAAGGGGGUUGGGUGCGGCUGUG